AUGCACGAUGAGAAGCUGGAGCUGCGGAGUGGGAGUGAGCAGUUGGAAGGGGCGUUUCCCGACGGUGACACAAAGGCUGAGCGGAAUCUGCUGUUCAAGAUGGAUAUUCGCAUUCUCCCCAUCCUCGCGCUGCUGUUCCUGUGCUCCUUCAUUGACCGCACAAACGUCGGCAACGCGAAGAUCCUGGGCCUGGAAAAAGACGUCCAUCUGACCGAUCAUCAGUACUCGAUUGGGCUCUGUGCGUUUUACGCCACGUACAUUGCCAGUGAACUCCCGUCCAACCUGGUGCUGAAAAAGGUGUCGCCUAAAAUAUGGCUGCCGCUCCUCACCGCCGUCUGGGGCAUUCUGACCAUGUGUCUGGGCUUUGUGGAGAACUUUGCUUCGUUUGUUACGGUUCGUGCGCUGCUGGGUGUUGCGGAGGGCGGCCUACUUCCUGGAAUGGUGCUAUAUCUCACCCACUUCUACCGCCGACAAGAGCUCGCCCUACGCAUAGGUAUCUUCUACACUGCCGCCUCGCUCUCCGGUGCUUUCGGCGGCCUCCUAGCACGAGGUCUCAACGCCAUUGGGCCCGCCGGCGGCCUCGAAGGCUGGCGCUGGAUCUUCAUCGUCGAAGGCCUGAUCACCGUAGCCGUAGGCGCGUGCUCCGCCAUCUUUCUGCCCAACUCAAUCGAAUCCUCACGAUUCCUGUCCGCCACCGAAAAAGCGCACGCGCGCUUCCGCCUCGGCGAGAACAACGCCUCGCACGAGCGCUUCUCGUGGGCCGAAGUCAAGCGCGGCGUCUUCAACGUGCAAGUCUGGCUUACAGCAUCCGCCUACUUUUCCAUUCUCUCGGGCCUCUACUCCUUCGGCCUGUUCCUGCCCACCAUCAUCAACAACGGGUUUGCCAAGGACCCCAACAAAGCGCAGCUCUGGACCGUUAUUCCCUAUGCCGUCGCCUCCGUCUUCACCGUCAUCGUCGCCAUCCUGUCGGACCGCCUCGCCCUCCGCGGACCCGUCAUGCUAUGCACCCUGCCCAUCGCCAUCAUCGGCUACGGCGUCAUCAGCCAAGCUACCAACCCGAAAGUCCAGUAUGGAAUGACGUUUCUCAUGGCCACGGGCAUGUACGCGUCCGUUCCCUGCAUCCUCUCCUGGAACAGCAAUAACUCCGCCGGCCACUACAAGCGCGCCACCACCUCCGCUCUGCAACUCGCCAUUGCAAAUGCCGGUGGCUUCGUCGCAAGCUUCACAUACCAGAAGAAAGAAAAGCCGCAUUUCCACAAGAGCCAUAGUAUUAUGCUGGGCUUGCUUUGUGCAGCUUGGGUUUUAAUCGCCGCAAACGUCGCGUGGGUCUGGAAAAUAAACAGAGACAAGGCAAAUGGCAAAUACGCCCAAUUCCAAGCCAAAGGCGACGACCGAGACCCCGAGUUUAAAAUGGUCAUGUAA